GGUGUCCUUAACUGUCAAGAGUACCCGAAAUUACCUGCGCUUGUUGAUGCCUCCAACGUUGAUGUUGUUUCAGCUCCUGAAGAUGUUGUUAGGACCAACAUCAUAACUGAUUUUGUUGCACUCACGAUUGCAUUGUGCCUGACAUUCCGUCAAAUUUUCGUGUGUGAUGCUGCUAUUGCGGACGCAUACAUAGUCAGUCCUGGUUACGGCAUAGUUAUGAAAAAACAAACUACGAAAAAUCCUGUUAGACUCACACAACGUCCUUUCCUGGUGCAGAAGUAG